AUGUUUAACUGCGAUCAGUGUCCGUCGGUGUUCGUGCGUAAAUCCAGUUUAAUCGCGCAUCAAAAUAAACAUGUAGGUAUACGUUUUCCGUGCACUGUAUGCCCUUCAACAUUUUCAUCCAACUCACAUCUUAUUAGACAUUUGAAGAACAUUCAUGGUAUCGUCAACGUUCCGACUCACUUGAGACCAUUGCCAACUGCACCGAUCAUCGAUCAACCAACACGAUCGAGCGUGAUUCAAUUUACUCCAGCUCAAGUCCAGAUUGCACCGGAAAUAUCUGUUCCCGAUGCCCCGGCCGGUGGAUCGAACAUGUUAACCGAAGACGAAAUGUGUAUGGAAGCCAUGGAUGAAUUUGAGGAUACAGGUUAGUAUUCUAUAUUUUUUUUAUUUUUUUCAACGCGUGAUUUUAUUAUAUAAAUUCUAUAUUAUUUUAAACUUAUCAAGUGGUUUGUGAAGUGAUCAAUGGUAUAAUAGUUGGAGUAUUCCGGCAUUGUAUCGAUCAAUUCACUCGUCGCAUCCUAUGGUAUAAUAGUUGGAAUACUCCAACUAUUAUACCAGUUGUCAGAUCGUUUGAUAGAUUUAAUUUUUUCAACGCGUGAUUUUAUUCUAUGAUAUUUAUUUUAUCAGCUUAAUUAAUUUCUAAGUUAAAUUAAUUUUAAAAAUUAUAAGUCAAUACAUUUUAUUUUUCAGUCAUGAUUUUAAAAAGACAUAUAUUAUUUUAUAAGCUGUAUAGAUUUUAUUUCUCACUCGCAGGUUGAUUAGAUUUAUUUAUUAGAUAUUGAUAUUAGGUAUUUUUUAUUUUUAAAGAUUCUUACACCGUUGCCGUUAACGGGAAACGUGUUUCGACUGCUAACACCACCUCAGCUGCUAGGG